CCAAAAGGCGCAAACAUCAAUGACGAUGACAAAAUACCAAGAAUUGUAGACAUGGUUACAGGAGAACGCAUUAGAAAAAAAUGCUGAAAUGUGAAGAAGACUGAGUUCAUGCAUCAUGACUGAAAUGAACAAGCAAUGUUUGUCUGUUUACAUUCUGUGUUCUUUUAUUUUUCCUAUUUUCUUGGAGGGAUGCUGUGAAGGAAAUCAAAAGUUAAAAACAGUUGAGAACCAGCGGGGAACUUUUCCCCAGAACUACAGAGCUGUAGAGGGGGAAGACUUUAUGAUACCAUGUGAAACUGUGAACCAGCACAUGGUGUCAUGCUCCAUGACAGGAGAAGGAAAUGAAGGGAUAUCCUUUGUCUGUGGGAGAGUCUUCCGAGCUGAAGCAAAACAUUCUGGAGAGUACACAUGCAGUGGCAGCAAGAUGUUUUUCCAACUGCAGGUGGUGAAUAGAAGUCUGGGAUGCUUACAGUCUAACGAGAGCCAUAAGUCAGUAAGGCUGACUGUGGAUAAAGGUGGGCCGAUCUCCUGCCCAGGUCACAACUGUAGUAACAACCCAGAGAUCAUCUGGUACAAGCAUAACAAAACUGUGUCCCGACGCUCCUGUCAGAAGCCUGGGCAGUUAUUUUUCUGCUAUGUCAGGAAAGAGGAUACUGGUGUAUAUUUCUGCGAUAGACAAAUAAUUGAGCAAGGAGUCACAUGGACCUUCAGGAGGGCUGUUCACGUCACAGUCAUCCCUCCUAAAUCAAAUGACCCUCCCAGCAUUAUUUAUCCCUAUGGCAACAUGAAAGAGGAAGUGGAGCUUGGUCGGUCUCACACUCUGAUGUGUAAGGCACGUUUUCUUUUUGAGAUAGACGUUUCACCCGAGGUGAGGUGGUACAUGAACUACGGUGGCAAGAUGGAGAAUAUGACUCUACUACCCAUGGAGGAGCAACACGAGAACAGAGUUACAUUUCCAGUGCUCGAGGUUAUACGAAGAGCCAUCAUAAAAGAGGUGACUCCACAACUCUUGAACCAGAAUCACACAUAUACUUGCAUCGCCAAUAAUACUCAUGGAAACAGCAAUGCCACCAUCAAGCUCAUCGAGAAAAUUAAAGUAAAAUGGCCGUCACUGGUUGGGUAUCCCGUUGUGUCUUUGCUGCUGGUAGCUGGGCUGGGAAUGGUUUUGCAUGUGAAAUGGCUGGAAAUACAGCUUAUCUACAGAUCCCACUUCCAACAUGGAAAACAUGAUGGAGAUAAGAAAGAGUUUGAUGUGCUUCUGUCGUAUGUGUGGAGCCCUCCAACAGCUGAGGUUGAGGGAGUUUUGACCUCCCACAAAGGACCUGACACAGAUGAGGAAGCAUGUUUGUCCAGCAUGGACCCGCUGAACACUGAGGAGGGUAACUCAACCCAGAGACCACUAGAAGUGCUGCUACCCCAUGUGUUAGAAGACCGGUGGGCAUAUCGCCUCUGUCUUCUGGAGAGGGACGUGCUUCCUGGAGGAGCAUAUGCAAAUGAUGUGAUCCUUGCAAUGCAGAGAAGCCGAAUGCUUAUCUGUCUCCUGUCAGCUGAUUACCUCUCCAACAGCAAUGCUGUGUUUGUACUGGAAUCGGGAAUCCAGGCUUUGCUGCAAAACUCUUCUCUCAAAGUCCUGCUAAUAUGGACCAGCAGAGCCUCAGCAUCCCUAAUCCAGUCGGAUCCCCCGCUGCCCACACUGGUCCAAAGGGCCUUGAAGGUGCUACCCAGUCUGGAUUGGACCUCAGGCGACCCCACCAGAGCCACCAGCAACUUCUGGAGGUCUUUGAGGAAGGCCAUGCCAGAUCAGAGAGUGAAGCUGGUUUCACUCAUGCAGGACCAAUGAUUAGACUGUUCUGUUUGCAAGCAAGGGCAACACAUGAACAACAGCGUCAAGGUAAUUUUCAUUGUAGGGAUGCCAAAUCAUAAGGCUCAUUUUCAUAUAUAGGAAAGUGGGUCACCCUUUGUGCCAUGGUCAGAACACAAUGGUGUGUACUCUGGUUUUUAAUUUCCAUCUGUACCAAAGAUAAACUGUUUUGGUUAAACAGUGCAAAAUAAUUUACAGAAUGUAACAGUUAAAGGAUUUGUUUUAGUCCAUCGAUAAAAUGUCUAAACAAUGGAUGCUAAUAACAAUUACACCUAAUUACCUUUUAUAUGGCUGUAUGUACUGUAUAUCAGCUUAAAUACAUCAUGUAUUGUCACAGCAGACAGGUCUGCAAUAAACAUUUGACACAAUA